AGGAGGAGGAGGGAGGAGAAGAAGUGGUUCAGGAGGAGGAAGAGAUGAUGGAAACGGAGCAGAGUCCCGGCGCUGCCUGCAAGACAGAAUCUCAGCCAUCGUAGUUGCCUUGAGUCCAGAAGAGGACCAGUGACGUCUGAUCAUUCUGUCCAGACAAAAGGUGUUGGUAUUGGCCAUGAUAGGCAGUUGGCAUUUUAAAGCAAUAUAGGUGGACAAGGACUGUCACCAAUGAACUCUUUAUUCCUUGCAACCAAAAACGUUGCCAAUCUCCCUGGUAUUUCAGUUUGCAGAUUUUAACUUAAACUUUUUAGAAACUUUUUAAACCUUACAUUUUUUGUCUAAAUUCGACAUUUUUCACCAUCACAAGAUCUUCAUACUAAGACAAAGCAAUUCAAUGAGAUUAUGUAGAUGAUAUUAAUUAAUUUUAAUUCAUUUUAAUAUUGUCCAAUGAUAUUGCCUAAAAUGAUUCCAACAUAUCAUGGCCAGAAGGUAUAGGAUGAUUGAUUGUAGUUUUAAUCUUAAGGCUGUUUCAUGAUAGAGUAGUUGGCUGCUGAAGAUGCUCUAUAUGUGGGAUAUUUAUUCAGUAUUGUAUGAUUUAGGUUUUAAGUUUGAACUAGUUGGCUGCUGUAUGAUUUGUUGAGGAAACGGGUUAAGAUUUUAGAUAGAACGGCUGGUUCACAAAUGGUUUGUUCUUAGAUGCAUGCUUAAAUCAAACCUCCUUCACUGAGCAUGGCCGCACUCAGUGUGGUAUCUGUUGAUUUUGUUCAAUAUAAUUAUGAUGCCAAAUUAAGUAUAGUGCAUACAUACUAUUUAUUGUUUUGUUGGAUAGUGUACAAACACUUUUCGUUUAAGGUCAAUGAGAAAACAUGAAAUAAAAAAAAAAAAGUGCCUCUUAAGACAAACCUGUUGUGAAUCUGGACCUCAUCAAUUGUGUUUACAGUACAAACAAGAAUGCCAUAGAAUUUAAUGGUAAGGCUGUGGCUUUCUUCAUCUCCUGUUUUCAAAUCCCCAUUUUAGCCUAAAAAUAAAAAAUCUUGGUUAAGUUUGUAUACUCACAUUUAACACCGAUGCAUGUACAUGUUUUAUCCUGCCGAAAUGUAUGAGUUUUUAAAAAUGUUUUAUUAGCUUGUCAGAGGAGCGUUAUCUGGGAUAUGAGAGGUUACCCAGAAAACUAGAGUUUGUGCAUCUGAAGCUAAUGUUUUCCUUGUUAGCUGCACUCGGAUCUAGUGGACAAGGAACAAAGGUUCUGUAGGCGGAACAAAAGGAAUAGACCAGGGGGAAUAACAGUACUUACAUCUCCAGUAAAUGGAUGACACUAACUGGAGAAAACAGCUGCUGCAAGUCUAUACACCGACUGGUGACCACUAUGCCUUUGUUUCCUCUCUGUUGCUGAGACAAUUAAGUGCAGCCUGACUUGUUGCUGCUAAACGUCUGUCAGCAGCAACUUAAUACUGCAGUUACCCAGAACACUGAGUGCCGUUACUGAACUCAAAAGAGCCAUCAGUGUUGCAGCAUGUUUGUUUUGAGGAGAGGUGCGUGUUUGUUAGUCGGCUAUUUUAAAUGUAUGACUCCUUUCAUCAGUUAGCAUUACCCUGCAGCUUCGUCUGCUCUCCCCGGGUAGAAACAUGUGCACGCAUCAGGUCUAAAGAAGUCGGACUGGCAUAAUUUCAGUUAUUUUUUUUCCUAACCAAGCUUUUUUGAAGUAUGGGGAAAAGUGAACCUGUACAAUUUUAAAUUCAAGUUUGAUUUUUAUAAAGAGCUGUCUUUGAGAUGGGGUAUGUCAACCUAAGCUAACAUAUUAACUUGAGGAUAGCAUUAGUGUUGAUGAGCAAUGCUAACAAUGAAUAAACUGAAUCUUUACACAUUUGAGAAAAAAAUAACAGACUGCAGCUAAAACUGCCAAUUUAUCUCUACCUGGAUAUUGCCAAUUGUAGUUCUCACUAGGAUUAUCAUUUGCCAUUUGUCGUUUUAUGUGCAUUUCCUUACUCCAUUUGCACUGAGUUUCUCUUUGUAUUUAUUUGGCCAUAUUGUGUUUUAAUGUGUUAUUCAGGUUUUGCUGCACAGUUUGGUUAAACAAUUAGACGCAAAAUCUGGAAAUACCAUUACCAUUGUACUGUCACUGUUUAAAAGCCCAGGUUGCGGACUGUAGCUGUGUAGUUGCUGCAGAUUAGCAUUUACUUGUUUGUUUGUUUGUUUUGCUUACAUUUUAAGUUGUGCACUCACAGUAGGUGCCAUCCUAAUUCCUGGUAUGGUUGCUGCUGUUGUUUACAUUAGUUUACAGUGUAAUCUGCCGUAUUUGUAGCUACUGAGGCAACAAAAAAAUCAUGGAGGUUCAUGCUUUAUUUGGCCUGCACUAGCGCCUAGUGUUAUUAAAUGGAGCCAGAAGAAAUAGUGAGUGUCUAUGCAAAUGUAGAUUUAUUGUAUCACCUGUUUUUGUACAGGUGUGGUCCUAAAAAACACAGCCAGGCUAAGUGAGCAAAAUAUCCUUGAGGGGUAUAUUUGACUGUUUAAUUUUGGAUUGUCACACCAAUUCUGUGUGUUUCCAGUAAGCUGUUGACCUCCUCAAGCUAGAAUCAUUUGGCAAAAGUUGUCUGUGAAGGUGAAGAAGGCCUUCUUAAUGUAGACACCGCAGCAAAAGUGCUUUUAGACAAACCUUUGUUUGUUGAAGAGAGACUAUGUAAUGAAUUUAAAGUUGCCUGACUCCUUGGCCACAGCUUUGACAUUUUGAUUUUGUCCUGUUUUUUCCCUCCACUGAGCAGCUGUGUUUCAAAAAGCUGCAACAUGUAGUGCAAAAUGCUGCAUCAUGGUACCUGUACCAGAGUACUGACUUGUGGUUCACUGGAUAGUAGCGGUGGUACCAAGCUUUGUAUCCCUCAUUAUACUUGCUGGUGAUGAGCUGACACUUACAUAUUUAAAACAAUUUUUAGUGGAAUACUUUGUGUUUGUAGUUUUGUUUUUCUCUGCUAGAUUUAUCAGUUAUGCUGGUUGUCAUUAAGUGUGCGCAUGGCACGCCUAAUAAAAGUUUUCAACAACAAA